AUGGCGAGUAAGGCCGAUCCUUCGUUAUUCGUCUAUGCUUCUUCUCGGGGUCGUGUGUAUCUUCCGCUGUAUGUUGAUGAUAUCCUUGUCACUGGUGAUACUCCCGAGUUAUUACGGUAUUUGAUUACUCGACUCUCAUGGGAAUUUGCUAUGAAGGAUCUUGGACCUCUUUACUAUUUCCUUGGCAUUAAGGCUCAUCACCGCUCUGAUGGUACGUUUUUAUCUCAAGCCAAGUAUGUUGAUAGCCCUUUGCGCAAGUUUGACCUUGUUAAGAUCAAGCUUGUAUCUACUCCUCUAGGCUCGAAGACUUUAUUGUCUACUAACGAUGGUGAGGUUCUCGCCUCUCCGACAUUAUAUCGACAAAUGGUCAUCAAACGUAUAUACCGAUAUUUAGCUGGCACCUCCACCCAUGGAUUGCUCAUUGAGCAGUGUUCUCCCACUUCAUUGACUGCUUAUGGGGAUGCAGAUUGGGCUGCAUGCUUCGAUACUAGACGGUCCACCUCCAGUUUUUGUGUUUUUCUAGGUACCAAUCAUGUUUUAUGGAGUGCCAAGAAGCAACCCACCGUUGCUUGUUCUAGUGCAAAGGCUGAGUAUCGUGCUGUGGCUCAAUGUGUUGCUGAGACUAUUUGGAUUCAUCAUUUACUUCGUGAGCUCGGGGUCCCCCUUUAUAGGCUCCGUUUGGUUCAACUUUGA